AUGCUACACUUACUGAACUUGAAUCAAAUAUUAUUACAAGCUCUAUAAAAUAUACUUCUCAGCCUUAACGUUUACUUGAAGUAUAUCAUUUUCAUUAAUUGCAAUUAGGAUCUGACAUAAUCAAUCACUGAUUUCAAAGCUAAAUAUUAUGAAUCAUUACACAACUUAAUGUCAUUUUUUGGAUAGCUCAGUAAUGGGCAUGAUAUCAUUUUAGCAACUUAAUACCUAGAAACACAUCUUAAGAAAUAUAAAUAAUAAUAAAUUUUUAUUCAAAUGAAGAAUAUUUUAAAUCUUAAAUUAAAGGCACUCCUAGAAACAUUUCCUAGAGAUAAUAAUCAAAAACUAGAAGUAUUAAACUAAAUCACAUCAUUAAAAGAUUCUUUAAUGAAAAUUGAAUCAACCCUAUUUGAAUAAAAACAAUUACUAUCCCCUUCAUAAUAAUAUUUUAUUACACCACACCCUAAAAAAGGCUUUAUUUAAACAUCAUCCAAAAAUACCUUAACUCCUAAUUUAAGUGAUGAGGCUGAAAUGAGAGGAAAGGGUGUUUUCAUAACCCCAGAAAAUAGAUAAUAACAACCAAGUUAAUUUGAUCAUUCACAUUAAUAAUAUUCUUCCACUGAAAGUUAUUCUAAAAUCUAGAAUAAAACAUUAAAUUCAUUUGACAAAGAACAAUCAGAAAAUAAAUAAGAUUUAUUAAGUCCUAUGUUUGGAUUCUAAGAAUAGCCUUGUUAAUCGACUUAAUUCUUCCAAGAUGACAUCAUAAAUAAAUUACUCUAUUAAAAUUAUUUAGACUAAAACGUUGCUGAUAUCUAAAUAGAUAAUCAUUAAUAAGGAUAAACUCCAAAUAUUCUUCAAUAGUUCUAAUAAACCUUUUAAGAAAUAGAUUCAUUGUAAACUACAAGAACAGAAUAAUAGGAUAAUCCUUUAGAAAGCGAAAGUUUACAAAAAAUCAGGAAUUAAUCAGUUGAACCAAAUAUUAGAGAAAAUUCCAUAUCUCCAAAUGGAAAGAGGCUAAUUCAAACUUCAAAUUCUAAAGAAUCCUUUUCAAGAUGUAAAUCUACCUUAGACACAACCAAUCUGCUUUAAAGAUUAAAUUAAGUUGAAGUACCAAAAAAAAUCAAUAUUAUGAGUAAAUCAAAUAAGGAAAAUUAAUCACAAAUUAAUUCAAAAUAAUUGAAAUAGAGUAAACCUGUAAGUUUCUAAAAACAAAAAGGUCUUGUAACUACGAAAGCGUAAUCAUAAUAAAACUUAAUAAAGAAAUCAAAAUCAAACUGA